CACACUUUUGAUUGUCCCCACGUGGAUCGGACGCUGCCGGGUAUUCCGCUGAGAUGGAGGCGCUAGACCGAGUAGUAAAGCCCAAAACUAAGAGGGCCAAAAGGUUUCUUGAGAAAAGAGAGCCAAAGCUCACAGAAAAUACCAAGAAUGCUAUGCUUAUAAAAGGUGGAAAUGCAAGUUCAACGGUAACUGAAGUGCUCAAAGACAUUUAUGCUCUGAAAAAGCCCUUCGCUGUUCUAUAUAAAAAGAAAAAUAUUACAAGACCCUUUGAAGAUCAAACCUCACUGGAGUUUUUUUCCAAGAAGUCUGACUGUUCUUUGUUCCUGUUUGGGUCACAUAAUAAGAAGAGGCCCAACAACCUGAUAGUAGGUCGCAUGUAUGAUUAUCAUGUUUUGGAUAUGGUUGAAUUGGGCAUUGAGAAGUUUGUUGCCCUCAAAGAUGUCAAGAACAGCAAGUGCCCUGAAGGAACAAAACCCAUGUUGAUAUUUGCUGGUGAUGCUUUUGACAUCAGUGAAGAACACAGAAGAUUAAAAAGCCUUCUGAUUGAUUUCUUCCGAGGCCCUGUUGUUCCCAGUGUUCGCCUAGCAGGUUUAGAACAUGUUCUUCAUUUCACGGCUGUGGAUGAAAAAGUCUAUAUGAGAAGUUACAAAGUAUUGUUGAAAAAGUCUGGUUGCAAAAUACCAAGGAUUGAACUUGAAGAUAUGGGGCCCUCGCUUGACUUGGUGAUGAGGAGGACACAUUUGGCAUCAAAUGAUCUUUAUAAGUUAUCUCUAAAGCAGCCUAAAGCUCUCAAGCCAAAGAAGAAGAAAAAUAUCUCUCAUGAUGUCUUUGGCACAAAAUAUGGACGGAUCCACAUGCAGAAACAGGAUCUGGAUAAAUUGCAGACUAGGAAAAUGAAAGGUUUAAAGAAAAGGCCAGCUGAAAAGAAGACUGACAAUGGAGAGAGUCCAAAGAAACCAAAUUUGGGGUGAUAGGCUGGGACUGGACUGAGUGUUUGAGUUGGCUGAUUUUUAACUUAUAUAAAUGCAAUAUAUUUCUGAAAUUUAUUUUGAUUUAAGUUUUCAAGCAAAUUGUACUUCUUUGCCAUUCCCAGCAGUUGGGAUAUUUUUAAAGGGAGGAAAAUAUGGGUUGCUUCAUUGUUUCAUUUGAACAAGUUUCCUCUGGAAUAGUUGCUUCUAUUAUGGCUUCCAGCCAUUCUUGCUCCCUUCAUUUUCUCUUCAAGUUAUUGUCAUUACCUUUUCAGAAUAUGAUGUUGAUCUUUUUUUUCUUCUUCUUUUUUUAAAUCACAAUAUGUUCACUGACCGGAAAUAUGUUUGUACUCUGGAUAUUUUUUAAAAAAAUAAACUUAUCAGAUAAAAAACCGUGG